GGAUGGCGUGCCUUUCCGUUGGCCAGAGCCGCUGUUCUCGGCACUCGAGAUACCCCUAUCGUCCCCGGUCAGCGACUCAACUAGUCCACGCUUAAAGGCCAUUUAUUGUCCAUUGUCAUGCCAUGUUGCAGUUUUGGCCUCCGCUCCGAUCCAGCCGGGGGGGGGGGGGGGACCAAAGUUGAUAAUAACGUGACAGCCAACAGCGCUCACUCAACCCCGCCGCCAGGGGCGUCCGAAAAUAUCCCACGAGACAUACAAAAAGGUACCUAUCCCUCUGCCCUACAGGGCUUCGUCCGGGUUCCUUGGUUGUUUGUGUCUUGAGACUUUGACCGUCUUGGCGACCGAGACUCUGGAGUUCUAAGACGACGAGAGGGUGUCAUGCCAGACACCGAGACACCCGCCUUCUCCGCCGCCAUAGAGACGGGGCCGAAGCCAACGUGACCGACGAUGGCGUCCGCCGAGUCCGGGACGACCGACGACGUCCUCCCGCGCAAGUCGCUCCUCAUCCUCAUCUGGGUUUGCUUCUCGGCCGCUUGCCUCUUCGUCGCGCUGCGCACCAUCAUCCGCGUCCGCUCCCCCGCAAGCACCCGCCGGCUCGGGCCCCUCGAAGACUGCUGGAUCUUCCUAGCCCUGGCCGCGCUGCUCGCCCUGUGCGUCCUCGAGACGAUCCAGCUCCCCAGCCUGUACUACAUCACGAGCGUGCUCUCGGGCGAUCUAGAGCUCAUGUCGGCCGAGGGGGUCAUGUCCCACACCAAAAACUACCUGCGUUAUCAGUUCCCCAUCGUCAUCCUCUUCUGGACCGUGCUCUGGUCCGUCAAGGGGGCCUUUCUGGCCCUGUACUGGCGUCUCUUCCGCGACCUGACGUGGUACCGAGGAGCGUGGUUCGUCCUGACCGUGUUCACCGUGCUCGCAUACGGGGGUUGCGUGACGACGCUGGCCCUGUCGUGCGGCCCGGAUGUCAGGAACUUCUUUGGCUUCAACACGUGCGCCGGGCCCAAGAACGUGUGGUCGAGCAACUUUAGCGUCUACUUCAGCACCGCCGUCGACGUCUUCACCGACCUGUGCAUCAUGGCCAUGCCGCUGCGCCUCAUCUACAACAUCAAGGUCUCGCUGAAGCAGAAGCUCGGUCUCGUCUGCGUCUUCAGCCUGGGGUUCGUCAUGAUCGUCUUUGCCAUCAUCCGGGCAAACCAGAGCCUGGCCCAGCAGGGCUUCGUCAACCUGACCCUACUCCUCGUCUGGUCCACGCUGGCAGCGUCAAUUUCUGUCCUUGUCGGAACCCUUCCUGCACUCAAGGUGCUGAUUACUACCCGCGCCCGCGCCUCCGAGAGCCGCUCGGGCGGCGCUUCCCGAGCGACCCAACCAAAACAUUCCAGCUUCGGCACGCACAAGAGCGUCAAGAGUGCCAGGAGCGUCGCGCUCGGCUCGCUCAAAAGAGACAGUAGCAACGUGAAGUCGGUGGCCGGCUCCGGUUCCGACAUUGCCGAGUCGCAGGAGGAGAUGUUGGCGCAGCGAGAAAUGACAACCUCGUACGGUCAAGUCCCACGACCGUCCCCCGUCAGUUAUCAUCAGAGAUUUCAGAAUCGGUAGAUUUCGUGGCACAAUGCCAGGCUGGGGGUGGGAGGUUUGUUUGGGGGAGGCGGCGUCGACGGUUAGAUUCGUUUCCUGGGCACCCGAUGUCCAAUGGUAAUUGAUAAUAUAAUAUAAUGUUUUUGUGUUCUAC